AUGGAUUACGCCGCAUCGAGCUCCACGUCGAGCGCCAUACCAGUCGUCCCCCCUAUCCCCCGGCAAUCCCGACAUCAAUCGCGGCGAAAGACCGCCCAGGAUCCGUCCCUGCAGGUCGAUAUACGCGGACACGAUAGCCACCGUCGCGUGCAACUACAGCCGGCCUCUCCCGAAAUCAUCUCAUCUCUGAUCACCAGCCUGUCUGACAUCUCCAAGCCAGCGUCGCUUCUCUUCGAACAGCCCAGCCUCUCGGUGCCCGCGUCGCCUGGUCGCGGAAGCUUCGGUGUCGACUACGGCGCCUUCUCAUCCUCGCUCAGAGACCUGCACCAAGGGCUAUCCCUUGACGAAUUGGCUGCGAGCCCCCCUACCAUCCGAACUGCGAAACCUCCAUCGGGCUUUUCGCCAUUGACCGCCCCCAAGUCCCCCAAGUCGCCCCAGCGUGACGCUUCGAGCUCGGGGGGUCUCAGAUCACUCCUGCGUUCUUCGCGACCGUCGUCCAGAGGUUCGGCAACCUCGUCGCAUGAUGAUACGCGGAGUAUUGGGAAUCUUUCAGUUGAACGUGGCAUGCCGCCCACACACGAGCUACGAGGGCAACAAUCACACGACAGCUGGGGUAGGAAGUCGGGCCGCAAUCACAAGGGACUUAUGUACAUGAGCUCCAAGGAGCGGCUGCGCUGUACUGAAGCAGAGCGCAAGAGGACGAGUGUUGGCUCCAUCGGAGGCAGUGCGCAUGCUGGCAAUACAUCAUCUUCAGCCUCCAGACCCGAUCCGUUCCUUGCCGAGACUCCCAUCAGCGAGGAGCCAAUGAAUUUCGAGUUCCCGUUGAAGGAAAAAUUGCCAGACCGCAGCCCGUCGUUCGAUCUGAACAAUAUCCAGAGAUCCAUUCCCAUGCGCGACUCGUCCCUGCGCAAAACUGGUCCAAACGCGAAGAGGUCAUCUCACCGGUCCACCCGAUCGAAGCGGGAUAGCGAAGCCGGCUUCAACGACAGCAUUCCGGAAAACGAGGAGCACCACAGAUCACGAGACGACUCUACCCCGCAGCAACGACAACAAGUUCGCACAGGUUCGGAAGCAGACACUAGGACUCGAAGGGAAGAGAUACUGCAGAUUGAUAUGCCCAAUCAUCCAAAUACCAGCGCGUCCACCUACCGGCACACGCCUGACGGCAGUGCGGUGGACGAAACAACGGCAGCCAGCGAUGUGGAAGAUGGUGCCCCGUUCCCAUCCAUAUACUUAGGGAGGAGAAGAAGCAGCGCACAAAAUAACGACAAAAAGAAACCAGGGCGGUUGACGCCCGACACGGCUGAGAUGCUCAAGACAAAACGCAGCAAUUCUAGGUUAAAACGAUUAUCUCAGGGGGCCAAAAGCCCAGGACCUGACGAUUCCCGGGCGACAUCGCCCGAACCACAUGUCAGCUACGAACGACCGCCAAGCGCUGACUCGAUCGACGAUGCGGUUGCGUCCUACUUGUGCUCACCUAGGUUGUCGCAAAAGAUUCGACAUCCUCAGACCGGUCGAGUUAUCUCUUUCUCUGAAGUGGGUGAUCCCGAAGGCUCGGCUGUCUUCUGCUGCGUAGGAAUGGGUUUGACAAGGUAUAUCAUGGGAUUCUAUGAUGAACUCGCAUUGACACUGAAGCUUCGUCUGAUUACCCCUGAUCGACCUGGUGUUGGUGACAGCGAAUCUUACACGGAUGGGACUGCCACCCCUCUUAGUUGGCCAGAUGAUGUCUACGCCAUCUGCCAGUCCCUGAAGAUCACCAAGUUCUCCAUUCUAGCUCACUCGGCGGGCGCUAUUUAUGCUCUCGCUACAGCACUACGUAUGCCGCAGCACAUUCGCGGUCGCAUACACCUGCUGGCUCCUUGGAUCCCCCCAUCCCAAAUGAACGUCUUUGGCACGUCGCAGGCGAUGCCGCCCACGAAUGCUAUUCCCACGUCACAGCGGAUUCUGCGGGCUCUUCCGACCACAUUUCUCAAGGCUGCUAACAGUUCCUUCAUGUCUGCGACAAGCAGCUCCAUAACCAGCUCGCUGCCAAAGUCGAAGGAUGCUCGCCGAGGAAAGAGAAAGUCCACCGCCACGACUGCUGGACAGAAUCGUCGUGAUACGGCGCCUGGCGUGGACAAAGAAAACAUGGCUCAACCGCACGAUCCACUUGACCACGGCGACGGCAAGCAUUCUUCGCCCAUUGCGACGGAGAACAUGGACCAGAUCCGGCCCGUCAGCCCGGGCAAGUUCAACUCGCCCCAGAACGCAGUACUUGAUGCUGCUGCGGACGCCAUCACCGACAAAGAGCGCCAGACGACGUAUGAUCUACGACUUACGCAUGCCAUAUGGGAUUUGGCCACAACAGGCGCCAAUCCUGCGGUUGAUCUCCUCGUGUGCCUGGAACGCCGGCAUACUAUCGGUUUCCGCUAUGUCGACAUCACGCGCCCCGUCGUGAUACACCAUGGAAGUAGAGAUACGCGCGUCCCAGUGGAGAACGUUAAGUGGCUGGGUAAGACGAUGCGUCGGUGUGAGGUUCGAGUACUUGAGGGCGAAGGCCAUGGCUUGAUGGCGAGUGCCAACGUCAUGGGCUCGGUGCUCAUGGAGAUCUCGAAGGAGUGGGAGGACUGGAUGCGUGUCACUGGCACUUCAGGCCGUGAAGGAGAGAGGGAAAGGGGUCGUAGCUUGCGAGCCGGAGUCAGAUGA